GUCAAAACUAGUCAAACGCGGAUUUUCAGAAUCCGCGCGUUUUAGAUUUGUCCACAUCCUUUUUUUUUUAUUUAUUUUUGUCCACAGAAUUUUUUUUUAUUUGAUUUAAAUAAAUGAUUCGUGUUUUGUGCAUAAAUGUAUCAUCUAUGGAUAGCCACCACAUCAUCUGUCAAUAAGCUAGGACGUGUUUAUCACUCUUAAACAAAUGGAACUGAGUUUGUCAACAUUUGGGGCCAUUAUUGCUUCCUUUCUGGUCUUAUACUAUUACCUGAGCUGGUCAAGAUCAACCACCACACACAAAUCUCCACCAGAAGCCGGCGGGGCAAGGCUCUUGACGGGCCAUCUCCACUUGAUGUCCCCUGCUGGCGGCCUCCCCCACUUCAAACUCGCAGCCCUAUCCGAUAAACACGGCCCAAUCUUCACUAUCCGUCUGGGACUUAAACGGGCCGUGGUCAUCAGCAGCUGGGAGCUUGCCAAGCACGUGUUCACAACCUGCGACGUGGCAGUCUCGUCCCGCCCGAAGCUCCGGGCAAGCAAGCACCUGAGCCACGACUACGCCAUGUUCGCAUAUUCCCCGUACGGCCCUUUCUGGCGGAAGAUGCGAAAACUCGUCUCGGUCGAGCUCCUUUCACUCCAUCAGGUCGAGAUGCAGAGUGACGUGCGCGUGUCCGAGACGGCUCGAUCCGUGGACGAGCUGUUUCGGUCGGGAAGGGCUUUGGUGGACAUGAAAAAGUGGUUUGGAGAUUUGAAUCUGAACGUGGUGCUCGGGAUAGUUGCUGGGAAGCGUUUUAAGGAUGAGACGGGGAAGUGUAAGCGGGUGAUGAGGGAUUUUUUUGAGCUGGCGGGGAUGUUUGUUGCCGCUGAUGCGCUGCCUUAUCUGGCGUGGCUGGAUAUUGGUGGGCACGAGAAGAGGAUGAAGGAAAAUGCGAAGGAGUUGGAUGGGAUUGUAGGUGAAUGGCUCGCGGAACAUAGGGAGAAAGAGUGUUCUGGUGAGGAUGAUAGGCCGCGGGAUUUUAUGGAUGUCAUGGUAUCUGUUACGAGAGGUGGUCGACGACUUCAUAGUGAAUAUGAUGAUGAUACCAUCAUCAAAGCUACUUGCGAGGCUAUGAUUGUGGGUGGGGUUGAUACCAUCACCGUGAUGUUAGUAUGGGCACUUUCCCUCCUACUCAACAACCGACAUGCCCUAAAAAAGGCUCAGGAAGAGCUCGACAUACAAGUGGGUAAAGAAAGACAAGUGAAUGAAUCGGAUAUCCACAAUCUACUCUAUCUCCAAGCAGUCACCAAAGAGACCCUAAGAUUAUACCCUGCAGGCCCACUUGGCAGCCCACGUGAGUUUUCCAAGGACUGUAGCGUCAGAGGCUACCAUAUCCCUAGAGGGACAUGGCUCAUGGUCAACAUAUGGAAAUUGCAUCGGGACCCACAAGUAUGGGGGCCCGAUGUGUUGGAGUUCAAGCCCGAGAGGUUUCUAAGCACGCACAACCAUUUGGACAUUCGGGGCCAAGAUUUCGAGUUCAUCCCAUUUGGCGCGGGCAGGAGGAUAUGCCCGGGUUUCAACUUCGCCUUGCAGAUGAUGAACUUUGUGUUGGCCAACUUGUUGCACACGUUUGACUUUUGGACUGUGGCGGACGAGGGGAUUGAUAUGACCGAGAGUGUAGGGAUGACCAACAUGAAAGCCACGCCACUUGAUGUUUUUGUUGCCCCAAGGAUAUCUCCAAGUCCAUGGGUUUCAAACUAA